UGGAAAGUCGCGUGAUGUCUGGUUCUCGGUGGUCGGAUUUGAAAAUGGAAGACUGAUCGAUGAUCACGGGAUUAAAUGGCGUCUGCCCGAGGCGGAAGACUGGACGGUCGAGAUGGUCGCUACCCCGCCGCUUCCAGACAUCAUCCCCCCUGUUACUCCCCUCCACCAACAUUUUCUCACCGAGAAUUGUCGGCUGGCGCUGCUUGGCGCGCGCUUUCUCAACCUCCUGGGGCCGAAUCGCCCAACUCCUACGACCGCAGAAGCCCAAGCGUUCAUCCAUGCCCUCGCGGCGUGGCGUAGUUCCUUCCCGCAGGAUUUACUCCUUGACCUUAUCACCCACUGGGACGAAAGUAAUGCCUGGGUCUUGUUCCUCGCGUCCAUGGGCUACCGCCUGGAAUGCUCCUUUUGCCGGACGCUGCGGCAGCGUGCCAGGACUUUGGUGAACAAGAGCCAUGAAUUAGCGACGUGGGCCAAUGACCGGCUCCGGCGAUGCAUCUUCGAACUCGAUACCGUCUUGAAGAGGGCGAUCUUGAACGAUGUCGCACGGUUUUGUCCCCCAUCGCUGUAUGACGAACCCAUCCUGCCUGGCAACGAGAAUCACUCUCAGCCAACUCAUCAUGACGCUCACUAAUAUUGGCUCGUCUGCAGGAUAAUCUGCAUCUCACAUCUUCUGGUCUUUCAGCUGGACGUUGUCUUGGACUCCACCACCUCAGAGGCACAGAGAAUUGCGGCUAAGACG